ACAUGACUAGAGUUAGGGCGACGUCUUGUGAAGUAAACAGUCAUUGAAUGUAAUGAUUGUGUGUUUCAGUGAUUCAUUCAAUACAUUGUUUACAUUGAUUUGAAAAUUCAAUUCAUUUAUCACUUCAUUGAUUGCUGUUAUCACUCAUACAAUGUCUUCAUCAUUGGAUCCGUUUGACGAUGACUUUGAAGUCGGUCUCGACGAUGAUUAUCUUCUGGCAUUAGGUCUUCAGGCACUCGAAGACGAGUUCAAUUCAGAUGAAAACAAAACGCGAAACUCUUCACUUGAAAAUGACUAUCAAUUGGCACUUCAAUUGUCACAAUCGGAUGGACAUCAUAUGUCCACUACUGGAGACAAAACAGACACUAAGAAACCGUCUCAACAAACCUAUCAUUUGAAACCCGAAGAUAUCGUUAAACCUGAAUUAGAGUUAUCAGAUCCGAGUCCAAACAUUUGGCAUUUGAUGAGAGAUUAUGAUCGCAUGUUCUUCGGCAGUGUUUUGGCCAAACAUUGCAUUGAAUUGAGUUGGAGUUCACGUAUGACCCGAACUGCCGGUCUCUGCGCUUGGAGUCCGACCACAAAUUAUUGUUCAAUACGUCUUUCACUACCAUUACUUCAGUUGCGGUCGCGAAAGGAUUUGGUCGAAACACUGAUUCAUGAGAUGAUUCACGCCUUACUGUUUGUCACACGAGAAGAUGACAAUCACGAAAGUCAUGGCCAGAAAUUUCAUGAAAACAUGUAUCGUAUAAACCAUAUGUCCGGCGCAAACAUCACUGUUUAUCACAGUUUUCACGAUGAGGUCAAUCAUUUCUUGACUCAUGUCUGGCGUUGUAACGGCAAAUGUCGCGACAAAUCACCGUAUUUUGGUUAUGUUAGGCGUUCAAUGAACCGAAUUCCCGGACCAUCAGACUAUUGGUUCAAAUAUCAUCAACAGAGCUGUGGCGGAGAGUUCAUAAAAAUAUCCGAACCGCCAAAAAAUAAAAAACUCAAAGAAAAUUUAGAGUUAACUCCAGAAAAGCUCAAUAAUAGAGAUUAUUUAUCGCCGACAAAGAAUAGUCAAAAUAAUCAAUCGAUUAAACCAUUUGCUGGUUUGGGUCACAAAUUGGGAUCUAUUAAAAUAGACAAAAAUCCACUUAAGAAAGUGACCAAAACUUUGGACACUUAUUUUAAUAUUGAGUCUAAAAAUAGUAAAGAAUCUAUUGGUUCUCAUUCAUCAACUAAAAGUAAAAACGAAGGAAAAACACAAAAUAAUAUCACAUUAAAUGAGACAAAUGUCAUCAACAAUACAACUGAUGAGUCAUUUAAACCAUUUUACGGAAAAGGAUUUGUUUUGGGAACUAAUAAUAAUAGUAAUAGAAAUUCAUUAGACAUUCAGAUAAAGAUGGAGAAAAAGAAACAAAAAACCAACGAAACCAUUGAAGUCAUUCAAAUCGAUUAA